AAACUCACCAUACAAGUGCAGGAAGCAAGACACAACAGGGAUGAUGAGGCUGUCAAAAAGGCAGUGAAUGAGUAUGAUGACACCCUUGAGAAGUAUAUUCCCGUGUUGAUGGCCCAGGCCAAAAUCUACUGGAACCUUGAAAAUUACCCAAUGGUGGAAAAGAUCUUCCGCAAAUCAGUGGAAUUCUGUAGUGACCAUGAUGUGUGGAGGCUGAAUGUGGCUCAUGUUCUGUUCAUGCAGGAAAACAAGUACAAAGAAGCCAUAGGUUUUUAUGAGCCCAUCGUCAAGAAGCAUUAUGAUAACAUCCUGAAUGUCAGUGCUAUCGUGCUGGCUAACCUGUGUGUUUCAUAUAUUAUGACAAGUCAAAAUGAAGAAGCCGAGGAGUUGAUGAGGAAGAUUGAAAAGGAGGAAGAGCAGCUCUCCUAUGAUGACCCAGACAAGAAAAUCUACCAUCUCUGCAUUGUGAAUUUGGUGAUAGGAACGCUUUAUUGUGCCAAAGGAAACUAUGACUUUGGAAUUUCUCGGGUUAUCAAGAGCUUGGAACCUUAUAGUAAAAAACUGGGAACUGAUACCUGGUAUUAUGCCAAAAGAUGCUUCCUGUCCUUAUUAGAAAACAUGUCUAAACACACGAUCAUGCUUCAUGACAGUGUUGUUCAAGAAUGUGUCCAGUUUCUAGAGCACUGUGAACUUUAUGGUAGGAAUAUACCUGCCGUUAUUGAACAACCCCUGGAAGAAGAAAGAAUGCAUAUUGGAAAGAAUACAGUCACAUAUGAAUCCAGACAAUUAAAAGCUUUGAUUUAUGAGAUUAUAGGAUGGAAUAUAUAGUAAUGUCUGAUAGUGGCUUUAUAUCUAUGUUUUUCACUGUUUUAUCUGUAGUUAGCUAUUGGCAUUUUUACAUUUGUUAUGUGUUUAUAUACUUUAAAAUUUUAAUAAAAAUAAUCUUUGUAUAAUCUUCCCAAAGUGAAAUAUAUUAACUUUUAUACCUAGGUUUAUGAAAAACUCAAAACUGUAUGGAGACAUAGUGUCUAGUAACUUGUUAGCACCUCUGUUUCCUCUCCUUUGUUAUCAUUUGUGCUUUGUUGUAUUUUGCGAGCUCUGCACAAGGAUUACAUUAUCCAGGGACUUUGCACUGUUGAGCCCAGAACUCAGGAGUUAAUGUAUAGGAUUUCUAGGCUUUUAAUAAUAAUCUUAGGGAUUGUGUGUCCUAAUCUGACAACUUUCCCUCUUAACUAUGUUAAGUUGUAAUGAAUAUGUAUUAUAUAGAGUUUAGGAUGUUUUGUCAGUGUUUUUUUUGAUAUAAAUGUAACAUUUAAUGUAACCAAAAUACCUUACAUUAUAAAUGUUUAGUUUUUUUUUUUUUAAUGUGCAGGAGUCAGUGGGAAACCUUGUGCCUUUAACAAAGUUAUGGUGCUGUGGCUGUAGAGACAAUAAACAAUUGUCAAAAGAAUUUUACAUGGUUUUCUUU